UCUAGCUUUCAUCGCACUGGGUGAAAGAUUUCUCCUGGACGUUUCACUCUCUGUGGCUACAGGCUCCAUGUUCAGUGCAGUUGUGCUGGUGCUUGGCUGCCUGCUGCAAAGGAAGCUAGUGACCACCGAGGGGCAUCGUGGGACCAACCACCAUGUUUUUUAUGCAGUGCAUAUGGAAGGAGGUAUCAGAGCUGCCAGAGCUCUGGCCGAGCAGCACGGGCUGGAGUUCAUACAGAGGGUUGGCAGCCUGGAGGGUCUGUACACUCUGAGAGACAGCAGGGGGCGCUCUGACAGAGACACCUUUGAGGGCAGACUUGCAACUGCAGCUGGGGUUCACUGGGUGCAGAGACAACACAGUCAUUACAGAGACAAACGCGCUCCAGUGCCAGGAUUGGACCACAGUACCACCGACAGUUCCCAGAGGAGAGAGUUUGCAACUGACAGGCAGCCUGAGGAGAAUAAGAGUGACCAGUCCCUCACCUUCAAUGACCCGCUCUGGCCCAUGCAGUGGGAACUGUUUGCACAGGGGGAGUACAAUUCUAGUGGGUUUGACCUGAACGUGAUGCCAGUUUGGAGCAAAAACAUCACUGGUAAUGGAGUAGUGGUCUGCAUCAUAGAUGAUGGUGUAGAUCACACAAAUAAAGACCUGAAGAAAAAUUUUGAGGCCCUCGCCAGUUUUGACCUACAAGCCUUGCAUGGUGUGUCUCAUGAUCCCAUGCCUGUCAGAAAUGAGGAGAAUAGUCAUGGUACUCGGUGUGCAGGGGAAGUUGCCAUGGAGGCCAACAACUCCUACUGUGGUGUGGGCAUUGCCUUCAAUGCCAGGAUCGGAGGUAUCCGCCUGUUGGACGGCUCUGUCACUGAUGCCAUGGAGGCCACAGCUCUGACCUUCAACAUGCAGUUCAUCGACAUCUACGUUUGCAGUUGGGGCCCGCGGGACGACGGUGCUGAAAUGGAUGGGCCCCACAGCCUCACGAAGCAGGCCCUCCAGCUAGGAACUCACAAGGGUCGAGUUGGGAAAGGCAGCAUCUUUGUGUGGGCGGCAGGUAAUGGUGGAAUGCACCAUGACCACUGUGGUGCAGACGGUUAUGUCAACUCCAUCUACAACAUUGCCAUUGGAGCUGUCACUCAAACAGGGAACCCCACCUACUUUGGUGAGCCCUGUCCCGGGGUGAUGGCCGUCACCCUGACAGGGGCUGGCACAGGAGGUUCACUGCCUCUGGUCACUGUGACCACCACUGGUGAUGGCUGUGUCACAUACUUUGCAGGAACUUCCAGUGCUGCUCCGAUCGCUGCAGGGAUUUUGGCUCUUGCCUUAGAAGUAAAUCCUGAGCUGACAUGGAGGGAUGUUCAGCAUCUGAUUACCAAGACGGCAAAGAUCCCUAACCCCAGAGAGCGUGGCUGGAACAUCAAUGCAGCGGGAUACCAUGUUCACCAUAGGUAUGGCUUUGGAUUGUUGGAUGCCGGGCUGAUGGUGCAGCAGGCCGCACACUUUAGGACAGUAGCUCCACAGAGGAAGUGCAUUCAAGAACUCACACUCCAUCCCACCAGGAUCCUUUCUCCAGGAGGUGGGGUCAGUGUGAACAUCAUAUCGGAGGCCUGCCAUGGAAGUGCAAACAAGAUCAACACCCUCGAGCACGUUCAGGUGAGAGUUAGCAUCAGCGCUGUGUGUCGUGGUGACCUCUCUAUAAGCCUGGAAUCUCCAGGUGGCACGGUAUCACUACUGUUGGACACACGGCCCAAUGAUGCCUCCACUGCUGGCCUGAAAAACUGGACCCUGAUGACAGUUCACUGCUGGGGGGAGCAGGUGCGAGGCCUCUGGACCCUCAAGGUGACCGACCAUAAAGGCACAGUGAGGAGCUGUAUGAGGCCAGCUGAAGAGAAGGCAGCUGGGGCCUUGCUCAGUGUUACACUCAUCCUUUAUGGCACCUAUCACCCACGUAGAAGUACACACGAGGGACCCCUGCGGAGCAUUGUGUCUAUGGGGUCACAUCACCCUGUCCCUCACAGGGGGGUGUACCACAGGGACGGUUACCCCCCUCUGGACCUGAUUCAAUGGGUCUACCAAAUGGAAAGAGACAGGAAGGUGCGGAGUGCUGAUAUCACCAUCCUACCCAGACACAAGGACAUCCAUAAGGAGGGGAAAAUGAUUUUAAACUAGCCACAUCCCCUGCUGCAAGUGGUGCUGGUGUGAAGAGCAACAAACGAAGUCUUAACAAGAGCAAAAAUGUACCAUAACAACUAUAAAUAAAAUCAUGACUUAUAAAAAUGAGAUUAAAGGGUCAAUUCAUGGAUUUUUGAUUAUAAUAUCUUCUGCCAAACAUGGAUGGUGGAACAAAAGAUGUGAUUGGUUGCAUUAUGGGAGAGGUAGUACCUAGUAUUUCUGGAGCUUGCAUCAGACUUGGGAACAUCAGUUCAUUUAAAUUCAAUUUUGAAUACUUUUAUAUUUAUUGGUCUAGUGCAGGUGUAGUACUAAAUCACUUGAAUACCCCUUUAAAUAAAACUGAUUAGUUGAUUAACUGGUA